UAUAAUUUUAUUUCGGACGACGGGACGACUGAAAAGAAAAUUCUACUACUUAAAUUAAUACUACGAUUUAGAUUUACGUUCAUUUAAAUGAACUAAAAGCGUAGCGUGUAUUAUACUCAAUAUUAAGUUUAUCAAAAAUGGAUAUCACCAAAGAAAACUUUUAUGAAGAACUUGAUAACAUAGCAAAAAAUAUAAAAGACUCGUGUUUUAUAAGUUUUGAUGCAGAGUUUUCAGCUAUACUUACCAGAGAAUCGUUCAAAUACAGCUUGUUCGACACAAAUGAAGAAAGAUACAAUAAGUACAAAACACAAAUAAGCACAAUGAAAAUGAUGCAAGUAGGACUGACUAUGUUUCAAUAUGAUAGAGAAUUAGAUGCAUACCUUGCAACUGGAUAUACAUUUCAUUUGUGUCCACAACUAAUUGGAAGGAUAAAUCAGUCGCUCAUAUUUCAAGCCUCAACCCUCAAGUUUUUAUGUAAACACAAUUUCGAUUUCAAUAAGUUCAUCUAUGAAGGCCUUCCAUAUCUUAGCAAGAGUGAUGAGGCAUUGUUAAACAGAUACAGAAUAGAAAACAACCUGUUUGACUAUGUCAGUGAGUCUCUUGAAUUUGAUGAAGAGAAGCAAAUCAACCAAUGUUCUUCAGAAGUUUCAAAAUGGUUGUCAUCGAGUGUAGAGGACACAAUGUACUUAGAUAUUGACAAUGCUAUUUGCCGGUACUUGCUGCACUUAGAGCUAAGACAACGUUAUCCUGGUAUCCUGACUACAGAUAGCUUAGGUAAUAGCAAGAAGAUUCUCAUAUACAGAGACAAAAAUGUCGAAGGAGCCAAAAAUGCACCAAUAGCAAUACUGGAAGAUAACUUAAUAGCCUAUUUACUGGGCUUCUUGCACGUAAUAAAACUGCUAGAAACACACAAGAAGCCCAUUGUAGGACACAACAUGUUUUUGGAUAUGUUGUUCCUUCACAAUCAAUUCAUAGGACCACUACCGGAUAGUUAUACAAUGUUUAAAAAGAACAUUAACAGUGUAUUUCCAACUAUAUUUGAUACUAAAUAUAUAUCGCAUGCUAUGAGUAAGAAACUCACUUUUUCUGAGUCUUGGAAAUCUAAUGCAUUACAAGAUUUGUAUGAAUUCUUCGCUGAAAGAAAAUGUAAGAAACUUGAAUAUGGAAUCAACAUUGUACGACUGACAACACCGUUUGAUGUUAAACAAAGCUAUCAUGAAGCCGGAUGGGACGCUUACUGUUCAGGUUAUUGCUUUAUACGGCUCGGUCACUGGGCCGCCUGCGAGAACCGCGGCAAGCCUCACGUGAUCGGACCCAGGGAGAAACUCGCAGCCCUAGCGCCUUACUGCAACAAGGUCAAUGUUAUAAGAGGUGGCGUUUCUUAUAUGAAUUUCUCAGAAAACGAUCCACCUCGGAACAGACCUGUCUUGUUGCACGUUAAAUGUCUAAAAGACACCGUCAUAGACGUUGAAAAGGUGGCGUCGCUACUGGGCAGCUUCGGCUCGAUCGACAUUAAGCCCUGUGGCAAGCGAGCCGCCUUGGUAGCGACCGGCGCACAGUUUAUGGUAGACAAAAUUCUGAAAACCUAUGAAAACAACAGAGAUUAUAGAAUUUCGAAAUACAGUGUAUACAAGCAUUCAGUUGCAUGUCGCUUCGCUAUCUGGAGCGGCUCGAUUGUAACAGGCGGCCUGGCGUUAUACUUAAUUCAUAAGAAAUUUAAAUCUAUUUUGUUAUAAUGUCUAAAAUCGUUGUUUUUUUUAUGGAAAAUGUUUAAGAAAAAUAAAAUGUUUAUCUACCUCA